AUUUGACAAAGUUAGUUCCUCUACUACAAUUCAUAUCCUACACAGUGCUGGCCCUCGAAAAUCACCUAUAAAGGACCGAUAUGGUCGCAGAUAGCAGUAUACACCCGGCAGAUGUCAAGGAGUUGGGCCACCAGAGCUAUAUCCCAUUCUGGCAAUUAUUGAUCGACCAACAAAUCAUCACGAAAGAGGUACUGAACCACCGAUAUGAUGGCUCAGGGACUGAGGAUGACCCGUAUGUGGUGAACUGGUUGAGUAUCGACCCUCGGAAUCCGAUGCAGUUCAGCAUGGCAAGAAAGGCCGCCGCCACAUUUGCUACUGCUGUUGCGACCUUUGUUAUAUCAUUGACCUCUUCCGCAUACAGUGGUAGUAUGCAGGAAAUUGUUGAUGAGUUCAACGUUGGAAAAGAGGUCGCUACUCUCGGUCUGUCGCUAUUUGUUUUUGGAUUCGCCGUGGGACCAUUAGUAUGGGCGCCCCUAAGUGAGACCAUUGGUCGACAAAUUCCAUUUUUCGCAUCAUUUCUUAUCCUUGCUGCUUUUUCCGCGGGGUGCGCGGGUGCUCAUAAUAUUCAAACUUUGUUGAUUCUCCGAUUUUUCGGGGGCGCUUUUGGCUCUGCGCCUCUGACGAAUGCUGGCGGCGUUAUCUCGGAUAUGUUUGCUGCGAGGGAGCGAGGGCUGGCCAUGCUUUUAUUUGCAUCAACACCCUAUCUAGGACCCGCUCUCGGCCCUAUCAUAGGUGGCUUUCUUGGAAUGAAUGCGGGGUGGAGAUGGGUUGAGGGUUUUCUGGCUGCUUGUACAGGCAUGGCUUGGAUCCUUAUGGCGUUUCUUGUUCCCGAAACUUAUGCACCGGUCCUGCUGCGCAAACGAGCGGCAAAGCUAUCUCUCCUGACAGGGAACUGCUAUGAAAGUAAACUUGAUCUUGAGCGAGGGAAAACCUCUAUUGUCAAACGACUGAAGAUAGCUUUCUCCCGACCUUGGGUGCUUCUCUUCACAGAACCAAUUGUGCUUCUUCUUACCUUUUAUGCGGCACUUAUCUACGGGAUACUCUACAUGCUGUUUGAAGCACUUCCUAUAGUCUACCAAGAUAUCCGAGGAUGGAAUGCUGGUGUUGGUGGUCUUCCUUUCCUCGGGGUCAUGAUUGGUGUGUUAUGCGGCAGUGCCUAUACCGUACUCGAUAACAAGCGAUAUAUCAAGGCGCAGGAAAAACACAAUGGAGUUGCACCACCAGAAUCUCGUUUGCCUCCUUCUAUGGUCUCUGCCGUGACCAUCCCUAUUGGUCUCUUCUGGUUCGCAUGGACUAAUUCCCCGUCCAUCUACUGGUUGUGCAGCGUUGCAGCUCUGGUUCCUUUUGGCUUCGGGCUGCUCCUCAUCUACAUGGGAAUCGUCAAUUAUCUCAUCGACUCCUACACCAUCUACUCCGCAUCUGUCUUGGCAGGAAUGUCUGUAUUCAGAUACGCAUUUGGGGCGAUAUUCCCCUUAUUUAGUUCAUACAUGUACGAGGGUCUGGGUAUCCACUGGGCCUCGUGCAUACCGGCCUUUUUGUCGGUGUUAUGUAUGCCACUUCCUUUUCUUUUCUAUAAAUUCGGCGUACAAAUACGGCAGCGUUGCAAGUACGCCGCAUUGUCCCAGAAGCGUCUCGAGACAUUGAGGCAAGCGUCCCUAUCUGAAAAGGGGCCGGUUCAACCUAUUGACCAGGGAGCUGAGAAGCAUCAACAAGUUCUUAGUGCCUGAUUAGAACUGGUGCUCGACAACGUACGUAACCCACGAUUGCUCGACCAUCCUGUAUUCUCAUGCGAUUUUUAAGUUUUCAGAUGCCAGUAUUUACAUGAUUUGAGAGCUCCAAGUUGGAAACAUAGAUUUAAAUAUAUAGAGGAGUCUAUCAAGAAAGGUUUAGAUUUACA